AAAAGAACACUCUAACGGCUAAUCUUUGUAUACAACUCUCUCUCUAUCUCUCUAGAUUCUUCCAAUUCAACCUUCAUUUCAACAAGUUGACGAAAUUUCCCAUCAAAUCUUCACACAUUAAUACAAAUCUUCAUUUUUUAGGAUCCAAUUUUGUGAAUGGCAAGUUUAGCAUCACCCCUUGUUCAAAUUAGCCAAACCCCAGAAUCAGAUAAACGUUUUUGGAGCAAUUUACAUGAAAGAGUUGAAUCUCUUCUAGAAACUCGAAAAUCUGAUAUACCCACCUCUUCAAAUUCUUCACCAUUGACAAGUGAUAAUAAUGCAGCAUCUAAGAAAUUGAAGGCGGAUUCUUUGCUUUUGAUGAGAGGUUUUGAUUCUAUUGCUACUUCACUCUUUCAUCUUACUGCCAAUAUCGAAACUGCUCUUCAGGGAGCGAGAGAGCUAGGAACACCAUCAGCAGUGACAGAGAUAACCCACAGUAGCUGUAACGAUACGACGGAAACAGUGGAUGAUGAUAAUGUAGAGGAAAAGUUGGUUAAGGAUGAAGAGAGAAAAGGGGUGAAGAGAAAGCUUGAAGCUCAAGAUUGUUCCAACUCUACUGAAGAAGAUUCUGAUUCUGACAACAAAAAGAAGCACAAGCACCAAACAGAUAUGAACCACCUAAACAAAGUUAAAAAUCUCGCAGUAGCAAUGGCAGCGAAAUCGGCCUCAGUUGCCAGGGAACUAAAAUCAGUAAAAUCUGAUAUGAGUUUUCUGCAAGAGAGGUGUGCUCUGCUGGAGGAGGAAAACCAAAGACUUAGAGAUGGAUUUGGUAAAGGAGUUAGACCUGAUGAUGAUGAUUUGGUGAGACUUCAAUUUGAGGCACUACUUGCUGAGAAAUCAAGACUAGCAACUGAGAACGCAAAUUUAACGAGGGAAAACCAGUGCCUUCGACAACUUGUCGAGUAUCAUCAGUUUGCCUCUGAAGAUUUGUCUGCCUCGUAUGAACAAGCGCUUAUCCAAGGGCUUUGUUUAGACUUCUCGUCGCCAAAAGCCGAAUGUGCUGACAAUCUGCAAGAUCCUCAAACUCCUACAACACCAAGAGAGAAUUUCGAGUUUGGAGAACAAGAGCUGCUGAAAGAUUGAUCUUCAGAUGUACCAAUUGAAGUUUAUUCUUAUGUUUAAUUUCCUGCACCCUAUGCCCUGUAACAUGUACUACUUUCUGGUAAGGAUGUAAAUUCAAAAGGUUGUCCUCUGACCUUCUUAAAAUUUUCUUAAAGAA